UGCAUAUGUUGUCUGAGGUCAAUGUAUUUAAUCAUCAUCAAAGAAUGAAAAUGUCAGUUAGGAGAUCACUCUGCUCAGCUCAGCUACUCCGUCAUCAGCAUUUAAACAUCAGGAGUUUAUCCACAUGUGCUGUGAACAGAAAACAGGCUCCUGUGGAGUUUCACACUAGCUGGAGUUAUGCAUGUGGUCCUGGGAGUCCUCCUUUACUGGGACUAACUAUAGGACAAGCAGUGGAUAGAUCUGAGAGCAUGUACGGGGACAGGGAGGCUGUUGUAGAUAUUGCACAGGCCAAAAGAAGAACAUUUUCAGAAGUAAAAAAAGACAUUGACUCCUUAGCUGCAGGGUUUAUAGAGCUUGGACUGGAACCUGGAGAUCGGCUUGGAAUUUGGGGUCAAAACACUUUAGAAUGGUAUACAACACAGUUUGCAGCUGCUAAGGCUGGGUUGGUUCUUGUGAAUAUAAAUCCUGCCUACCAAGCAAGCGAGCUCAAAUAUUGCUUAAACAAGGUUCAGGUCAAAGCUCUUCUAUGCAACGAAACUUUUAAAACUCAGGAUUACCACAGCUUAAUAAGAUCUGUUAUACCUGAACUAGAAACUUCAACGCCAGGAGGAAUAUCAAGUGACCAGGUUCCCAGCCUCAAGCAUGUUAUUAUCAUAACUGAUUCUUAUAAAAGUGGUUCCCACAAGUACAAAGACGUACAAACUGGUGCUGGAUCAGAGUCAUUGAAAAAGGUGGAUUUAUUGUCAAGAAUUGUAAAGAUGGAUUCUCCAGCAAAUAUUCAGUUUACUUCAGGAACAACAGGGAACCCGAAGGGUGUUACAUUGUCUCAUCACAAUAUUGUUAACAACGCUUUUCAAAUUGGCAACAGAAUAGGAUAUGGGAAUAAGGCACAUCGCAUCUGUGUUUCAGUUCCUUUAUAUCAUUGCUUCGGAAAUGUAGCAGGAUCCAUGGGUGGUAUGUUGUAUGGAGCAACUAACGUGUACCCUGCCCCUAGUUUUAAUGGACUUGAAUGUGCAAAGGCAAUAGAAUCAGAAAAGUGCACAAGUAUUUAUGGAACCCCGACAAUGUUUGUUGAUAUACUCGCUAGUGCUCGUCAAAUUAAACCUGAUGUUAGUCGGGUAGAGACUGGAAUAAUGGCUGGAGCUCCCUGUCCUAAGGAAUUAUGUAAGAAUGUUGUAAAUGAGUUGAAUAUGAAAGAUUUUGUUGUCUGCUAUGGGAUGACAGAAACUAGCCCUGUUACAUUCCAGGGUUUCUGUUCUGAUGAUAUGGAAAAAAAGACUGGUACUAUUGGGUUUCCUUCAAACCAUGUUGAGGUUGCAGUAAUGGACUCUGAUGGUAAAAUAGUUCCUGUAGGUCAGUCUGGAGAACUGUGCACCAGAGGUUACUCUACCAUGCUCGGGUAUUGGGAGGACAAGGAGAAAACAGAAGAGUCCAUCACUCCUGAUAGAUGGUUCCAUACAGGGGAUAUUGCUGUAAUGGAUAAGAAUGGAUAUGGACAGAUUGUCGGACGAAUGAAAGAUAUGAUUAUCCGAGGUGGAGAAAAUAUUUAUCCAAGAGAAAUCGAGGAGUUUUUGCACACACAUCCACACAUACAGGAAGCACAGGUAUUCGGUAUAGCUGAUGAGCGGCUGGGAGAGGAGCUGGUGGCUUGGAUCAAAGAAAUCCCGGGCUCCAACCUAAACUCUCAAGAUAUUAAACAGUUCUGCAAGGGAAAGUUGGCUCACUUCAAAAUCCCUCGCUACAUUGAGCUUGUUGAAUCAUUUCCUACAACUAUCACUGGCAAAAUACAGAAAUUUGUCAUGAAAGAUAUUCAAGAAAAGAAAUUAGCAGGCAAAUAAAGAAGAUACAGGCAAAUAAAGAAGAUACAGAGAAAUAAAGAAGACAGAGGGAAAUCAAGAAGAACUAUACAAUAAUUUAAAAAGUAUUAACUAUAAAAUAAAUAUGAAAAGCCAACAGGGAAAUAAAUAAUGGCAAAAGAUACAAUAGUUUAAUUUUCUUCUAUGUCUUGUCAAAAUAUUUCAAAUUUGUUUCUAUUCGUUUUCUUAUAUACUCCUAAUUAAUAAAUUAAAUAAUUUUU